AUGGAGCCCGUCGUCAACGUCUUGCUGGACACCUUCCCCGGCUUGUCGCUUCCUCAGACGCUCUGCCUACCCUUACCAGCUUCUUCGACCACCACAGAUCUACUGGCCGCUAUAGCAGGGCUGCUGCCGCCUAAUCUCCCAGACACUACGCGGCUGACUUUGACCUCAACCCCGAACAAACGCGUGUAUCCCUCGUCUACCAUCACGGUCGGAGAAUUGACACGCCCGUCAUCCUGUGGCCACAAUGCUUGCACCAGCUCUCUACUGCCUCUCAGGCUAUUUGCACCGCUGGUGGGUGGGAAAGGUGGGUUUGGCUCUCAGCUCAGAGCAGCUGGUGGCCGGAUGUCAUCGCGAAAGAAAAAGCAAAAUGCAGAGCUUGCUUCAGGAAGUGCUCGCAACCUCGAUGGGAGAAGACUGCGGACCAUCGCAGAGGCGAAAAACCUCGCUGCAUAUCUGGCUACGAAGCCCGAAAUGGACCGAAAGGAGAAGGAAGAAAGACGCAAGAGAUGGGAACAGGUCAUCGAACUUGCUGAGCAAAGGGAAGCCGACAUGCGGGCAGGUAAGGGACCGGAUGGGCGACGGAAAGGACUCAGUGACGAGUGGAUAGAGACGAAAGAGGAGGUUGGAGAGAAUGUGCGCAAUGCCGUGAAGCUGGCUAUGUUGGCAAGCGAAGAGAAGGCAGACUCAAAAGCGCCUCUGGCACAAGAAGGAGAUAGCAGUGGCAGCGGAGGUUCCGGCGCUGCCAGUGACGAGGAUAGCGAUGAGGAAGACCUGAUGGAGCUGGACCCAGAUGAUAUGGCUCGGCUCAGAUCUGAGGCUGAAGCUGGAGAUGUCGACGCCAUCUGGGUUUUGCAGAACCGACUCAAGAUCCCCUCUCAUCUAUUGCCGAAGCCCAAGCAACCAGUUCGUCGGUUUGCAGGGUUUGACGACGAAGAUGAAUUCUCAGGGAGUGACGACGGCAACGAAGAGACAGAAGCGGACGUCGUGGAAGGAAAAGGGAAACAGAAGGUUGCCGGCACUUCAUAG